GUGUCUGUGUGCGUUUAUCCUUCCAGCUCUAAAAACAAACCUCUAACAGACCUGCUUUCUUUCAAAAGGCCGACACAAACUUUUUGCGGACAUGGACCUCCUUCCAGCGCAGGAAGCUGCCAAAAUCUACCACACCAACUAUGUGAGGAACUCGCGAGCCAUCGGCGUCAUGUGGGCUGUGUUUACCAUCUGCUUCGUCAUCAUCACCAUGGUGGUCUUCAUCCAGCCCUACUGGAUCGGAGACAGCGUCAACACCCCGCAGGCCGGCUACUUCGGCCUCUUUCACUACUGCAUCGGCAACGCGCUGACCUCGGAGCUCACCUGCAAGGGCAGCAUGCUGGACUUCGCUUCCAUCCCCUCACCGGCCUUCAGGACUGCCAUGUUCUUCGUUGGGACCUCCAUGCUGCUGAUUGUGGGCACCAUGGUCGGAUUCAGUUUGUUCUUCUUCUGCAACGCUGGAAACGUCUACAAGAUCUGUGCAUGGAUGCAGCUGGCCUCAGGUGUGUUGAUGGUGAUGGGCUGCAUGAUUUACCCAGAUGGUUGGGACUCUCCAGAGGUGAAGAGGAUGUGCGGCCAGAGGACAGAUAAGUACACGCUGGGAAACUGUACGGUGCGCUGGGCCUACAUCCUGGCCAUCAUCAGCAUUCUGGACGCCAUACUCCUGGCAUUGCUGUCCUUCACGCUCGGCAACCGGCAGGACAAACUUCUGCCAGAUGACUUUGAGCUGGAUGGAGCAGAAAACCCCUGAUUGAAUCCACAGACCUUCAGAGCCAGUGUGAAAUACCAUGAUGCACUCUGUG